UAACAUGAGUUAGUAUCUGCGCCGUAAUAUCGAAGAUGAUUGUGGGGGUGACAAAGGCGCAAAGUUUGAAAGCGCGCGAGAGCUUGUUGAUACUUUUACAAUAUUUGCCGGCAUAGUAAAAUCUGCCGUCGUUCAAGAAUCACGUACUACACCUUUCAAUAAUUUUCACGAUCGCGAAUGAAAACGUCUUUAAGUUUUCCAACGCAAAACGAAGUUAUGGUCAUCGAGCUACAAUUUUAACGACAUACUUCUAGGUCAUAUCAGCAGCCUACAAUGCAAAUAAUCGCAAUCGUCGCGACCACAAUUCUACAUUGGGUGAACAUCGUAAUCGCAUCGGACGAUUCAAUACUUGAAAUCGUUAACACAAAGGAAGUGGAACGGCUGAUAGCUGAACGUAAAGAAAACGCAUCACGGGAGGAACGGCGCUUUCUGCUGGAAAAUGCACUGGACGACUCCUACUAUCCCCCGGAUCAGGAGCAGGAAUAUCAACGCUUAAAAUUGCUAGACAGUCAACUUUACCAAAAAACCGAAAAUCCGAGAAUUGACAUCGACAUUCUGCUAAAGAGGAGUAACAUCUCAGACCCAUUUCGAAGUACCGAAUUAUUGUCGGACCUUCGAGGGUAUCAUGGAAGAAAAGUACUCAAAUCAAGUAAGAACGCGCUACUGGUAACCAAAAAGGAGUACUUACAAAGAGACUGGUGCAAAACUGAACCAUUAGUGCAGAAAAUUAAGGAGGAAGGGUGCUUAACGCGAACAGUAAUUAAUAGGUUCUGCUACGGGCAGUGCAACUCCUUCUAUAUUCCCAAGAAUCCCAAAAAGAGGAACAAACGGAAAACGCUGCACGAGCAGGAGGAUGAAGACCAAAACGGGGCCGCGUUCAAAUCUUGCUCGUUCUGCAAACCGAAGAAAUUUACGUGGAUUACCGUCACACUGAAAUGUCCCACUUUGGUCCCGAUAUUUCGCAAGAAACGUAUACAGCGGAUCAAACAGUGCAAAUGCGUAGCGACCGACGUUAAUUAAUAAACUUUUAUGAAUGGCAGAAGUGUCUGUGCCAUUGAAUGAAAAUGUGAACGCUAACCAAGAACACAUUUUACAAAGCGUACAAACGGCGCCCCGAGGCAACGGAUCGAGUGGGUAUCGCCCAUUACCUUUAUGCUGAUUUCUAUUUAUAAUUUUAUUAUAAGCCAACCUACGUGUACCCGAAAACAAUUUAGCGAAAUUGUCGACGCUUUGCGUGGUUUUGGUAUUAAAACGAAAUUAUAACCUGUUACCGCUUCAUGUAGAUCUCUAGAUAAAAACUACAAACUGACGUUAAGUAGAUAGGAGUGGGUAGAAUUUCUCCAAAUAGAAAACAUUAAUGGAUAAACCGAAAGUAAAACAUAGAUCUUAAGAUGCACGCGGUAGAACUAACAUUAACACAAUAACAUAUAAAGUUCCUAUUAAUUAUUUUCACUUUUUGUCAUAUAAGAUGCACGCGGAUUGGAGGAACGAGCGACGUGGUAAAGUUUUAAUUUAAAUGUUUAUAGUAGGGUAGUAUUUAUUAUUCGUAACGUAAUCGUUUGUAAAGACAGAAAUGUAAUAAAUAAACGAAUUGUACAAUCUCA